AUGAAUGAAAUGGAUUCAUCCAUUGAUGAAAUUAAUCGUGAGACAAAGGAAACAAUUCAAAAGAAGUUACUCUUGGGUGUAUGUAAACUUAUUCCAAAAAGUAAUGCAAAAGGUACUUUUUGGAAUUGCUUUGAAGUUGUUGUGUUUACAGAAACCGAACAAAAUACUAAUUAUGUAUCCUGUAUAAAAUGCCAUAAACUGAUGUCGUAUAAGCUGUUACAAGGCAGUUCCCAUUUAAGUCGACACAAAUGUGCAGUGUUAACUUCUGAACCUUCAUCUUCAAUUAACCAGUAUUUUAAUAAAAAACAAAAGACAAAUUUACCGCAAAGGGUGAUGUAA